CAAACCCAAUCCCUUUCUUCGUCGUCUUUAGGUGCACCUCUUUAAUACGGAGUACUCGGUGGUAGAAAAAUUGAAUCGCUGUCGAGGCCGAAGGCAUAGUACGCACCUUAGCGUCUUUUAAAAUGAAGCAGCAACAAGAAAGUCUCACUCGCUGACUUCGUCAGUUUCAAAACUCAUCACUUCAACUCUCUAAUCGUUUUCCUCAAUACUCUCUCUCUCAACCUUCAGGAGAAACUUUAGCUUUCAGAGAAUUGUUUUGAAGGUUUAAAUUUCUGUUAAAGAUGGGGAAUAAGCGUGUGAUGUUGCCGGCGAGCGAAGUUGACUUGACGGCUGUGAAAUAUGAGCCUGAAGUGAUCAAAGCUCCUCAUUUGACCGGGCUCGCGUUGAAGCUAUUUGUUCGCUUAGUUGAGGCUCCGCUAAUUGGUUCUUUGAUCCUAUCAUCUUUAAAGAAGCAGAAUCAAAUGGUUGAGAUGUUACAGAAUACUGUAAUUCCAGAGACACCGAUGUUUAAACCCGAGUUUCCACCACAAGAACCAGAAACUGGUGUUGUUGUUUUGGAAGAAGACGGAAGACCUGAAGACCGGGUCAAAGAAGCCUUGAAUUGUCUUCCACAUUAUGAUCCUGCUACCUGUUGGACUGGUGAUUCAAUUUCAUCAUUCCGCUACUGGACGAUACGUGAUUAUGCACAUGCUUACAGGUCUGGGAUUGCUACCCCAUCUAUGGUUGCAGAACGCAUCAUCUCAGUUAUGGAGGAGUUCAGCAACAAGAAGCCCCCAACGCCCCUAUUGAUUUCUUUUGAUGCUGAGGGAUUAAGAAAGCAAGCUGCAGCUUCCACACAAAGGUUUGAGGAAGGAAAUCCAUUAUCAAUCUUGGAUGGGAUUUUCAUGGCUAUCAAGGAUGAUAUAGAUUGUUAUCCCCAUCCAUCAAAGGGCGCAACAACAUGGAUGCAUGAGGUUCGCCCUGUUAAAAAGGAUGCAGUCUGUGUAUCAAGGUUGCGUAGCUGUGGGGUGAUUUUUGUUGGAAAGGCAAAUAUGCAUGAAUUGGGCCUUGGAACAACUGGGAAUAAUUCAAACUACGGAACAACUAGAAACCCACAUUCUCUGGAAAGGUAUACAGGUGGAUCUUCCUCAGGCCCAGCAGCAAUUGUUGCUUCUGGACUAUGUUCAGCUGCACUAGGAACAGAUGGUGGAGGUUCAAUUCGCAUUCCUUCUUCGCUUUGCGGUGUAGUUGGCUUGAAAUCAACAUAUGGACGGACUGACAUGAAAGGGUCAUUAUGUGAAUCAGGAACUGUGGAAAUUAUUGGACCAAUCGCAUCAACAGUUGAGGAUGUCAUGCUUGUGUAUGCAGCAAUCUUGGGCUCCUCUCCUGCUGAAAAAAUCUGUUUGAAACCGUCUUCCCCUUGUCUGCCAAAUUUAGCUGCACAGGAGAGUUCAAAUGCUUUGGGAUCAUUGCGAUUAGGAAAGUAUACAGAGUGGUUUAAUGAUGUAUUCUCAACUGAUAUCUCCAAUAAAUGUGAGGAUGUUCUUAAUAUGCUAUCAGAAAGGCAUGGGUGCAAAAUGAUAGAGAUUGUAAUACCAGAACUGCGUGAGAUGCGGACGGCUCAUAUAGUUUCAAUUGGUUCUGAAUCACUAUGCUCAAUGACUCCUGAUUGUGAGGAUGGGAAAAAUGUAGAACUUACAUACGACACUCGCACCAAUCUGGCACUAUUUCGGUCAUUCACGGCUUCAGAUUAUGUUGCUGCCCAGUGUCUUAGGCGAAGGAUAAUGUACUACCACAUGGAGAUUUUCAGGAAGGUUGAUGUCAUAGUGACCCCAACAACCGGCAUGACGGCGCCUGUAAUACCUCCUAGUGCUCUUAAAUUUGGGGAGACAAAUAUGCAGGUUACAGGUAAUCUCAUGCGGUUUAUUAUAGCACCAAAUCUUCUCGGACUCCCAGCCAUUUCUGUCCCAGUUGGCUACGAUAAGCAAGGACUUCCAAUAGGUUUACAACUGAUAGGACGACCAUGGGCUGAAGCUUCAAUUUUGCGUUUGGCUGCUGCAGUAGAGUUUGCCUUUCAGGAACUCUGUGCAAGCCCUAAAAAGAGGCCAGCGUCAUUUUAUGAUACUUUGAAGGUGUAAGCAGUUGGGGUUCACUCAUCGCUGUUCAUGGUUUAUUCACUGAAGAAUCCCUCCACAAAAUCUUUGAAAGUGUUCGACAUUGCUCACAUUAUGUCUGUCUUAAAUCUAUUUACGUUUGAGCAACACGGUUAGUUAUUGCUAUGGCUUGAAACAAUGGUUCUUGUCAUACUUUCAAAUUUAGGGUAAAAGUGAAAUUGGCAAUAGUUUCUUAAAUAAUACAAUCCAACUCAAUGAAGUAUUAUCCCAAUUAUUUGGUGUCAA